AUUUUGUUGCAUUCACAGUCGGGGGUCGUUUCGUGCAUGGUAUAAGCUGUGAUAUUUCAGCACUAAUUUUUAUGUCAUGUUUGAUAGAAAAUAUAAAUUAAUUUCGGGAGAAAUUUAUACCUUAUAUCAAAUGAGGUAUAAAAUGCAUCCCAUUCUAAGAGAUGAGAUAUCCCUUCUUAUCCCACUUAUACUAGAAUUAUUUUAUAUCAUUUUUUAAAUGAUAUAAAAUAAUCUCAAUAGAUGAAAUAAAUUAAUCUCAAAAUUAUAAUCCCGGAAUAAUUUUAAUUAUCUACCAAACGACCCCUCAGGAGUAAAUUGAAAAACUAAAUUCUACAUUCAUAUCCAUAUCCAUAUCAAUCAAUUUAUCCAUUUGCUCUACCCAAAAAAAAAAAAAAAGAUAUCCAAUGCUUAAAUCUAGAAAACCCCGCCUACCCUACAUAUAACCUGCAAGCGGAAACAGAAUGAAGAAGGUUCAGAGACCCCACCAGUUGUCCUAAUCUAAGCCGUCCUUAUCAAAAGAUUCAUAGUACAUGCAUAAGUUCUACUGGAUCAGCUUCUUUCUUCUAUGACCCCAAAAAAGAAAAAGAAAAAAAAAAAAUUCUCAUUCUUCUACAUUAAGUAAGUCCUACUGAUCUUCUGAGUAGUGGUACAAAAUAAGUGUAUUAGUGGUAUUCUUGGUAUGUUGAAUUAUUUGGAUAUGAAACAAAUAAAAAAGGCUUUGAAAUAUACUCAAAAAAACAAGAGCUUUCUUGUUGCUAUGGGAGCUCUUGGUGUCACUGGUUUUGGUGCAUAUAAAGCUUAUUACUCACCUUCUAUGGUAAGAAAGAGGAAAAGGUUGUUGAAGCUUUUUGGUUCAGUUGUUUCUUUAGCUGAAAUGGUGUCUGAUUCUGCUGAUACAAUUGGUAUUUUCUCUAAAGACUUACAGAAGUUUAUACUGUCAAAUUCUGAUCAAAUUCCUAGAAGUUUGAGGCAAAUUUCCAAGAUUCCUAAGUCAGAUGAGUUUUCAGAGUCUAUUGUUAAGGUCACUAGCGCUUUGACAAUUGGAAUUCUCAAAGGUUAUCAUCAAGAAACAGAGAGAAUGGACUCUACUUUGUUUGACCAAGUCUUAAAUAAGCUCUUUUCUGAUGCAGGGUGUGGUUUUGCUUCGGUAAUUAUGGGAAGUUUUGCAAGGAAUUUGGUGUUGGCUUUUUAUUCUGUCAAACAAAGUUCAGAUUUUGAGUACUAUGCUGAUGAUCUUUUCCAGGAUAAGUGUAGAGAAUUGAUUGGACAUUGUGUACAAGUAUUUGUGAGCACUGCUGUUACUGUUUAUCUUGACAAAACAAUGCGUAUCAAUACCUACAACGAAAUAUUUUCUGGGUUGACAAAUCCCAAGAAUGAAGCUAAAAUGAGAGAAAUGCUAGUGACCAUAUGUAAUGGUGCAACAGAAACUUUUGUCAAAACUUCUCAUCAAAUUUUGACAAGUACAGAGAUAGAUUCAUCUGAUCUUUCUGUAUCUCCUGCUUUAACAGUGCCAAGUAAUAAGAGGUUUGUUCUUGAUUUGACUGGGAGGGUUUUUUUUGAGUCUGUUAAAUCUUUCGUGGAGUUUAUGCUGGAAAAGUUGUGCGAGUGUUUGAGAAGAUAUGUUGAAUUUAUCAAUGAGGCAGUUGUUGACAGGAGUGUUGAAGCUUAUAGAUAUUUGAGUGGCAAGUCCUCUGUUGUUGUUAGCUUAUGCCUUAGUUUGUGUGUAGACGUGUUGAAUGGUCCUUGGAUUUUGGUUCUGACUUAAGUUUAUGACUAUGACUACAAUAUUUCAAAAGAGGUUCUUGAGUGGUAAAACUCUUUUGCAUGUUAGUAAUGUGUGGCUUGACCGGUUGCAGUUUGCAUU